AUUCUUCUUUGUGUUCUAUUAUGAAUCAAAAUAAUUGUCAGCAACAACAACAUCAACAAACUCUAACUAGUAUGCUAUUAGAGGCAGUGAAAGCAGCUUCCUCAAGUAAACAAAUGCAUUCCAACCACAAUACAAAUUCCAUCAACAGUCCGAUACCUACAAAUAACUCCCUCCAAUCUUUCUCUUUCACUCCAAUGACAUCAUCCCAACAAAAUACAACGAUGAUGAUGAACAACAAUAUCAAUACAACAUUGCCUAAUAAUAAUAAUACCACUAUCAAUUCGAAUAAUUGUAUUGGUGAAAGAUCAGCAACAAUGAACACUUGUGAUAAUGGAGUUGUGAUGGAUUCAAAUCUUGUCAUGCAAAUGAUGAGAAUGAUGAUGUCAAAUGAUCCAUUGCUAAAUAAUACUCAACAACCUAUCAUCAAUUCCACCAGUACUACAAAUUUAAGUCAAGUGAAUGAUAAUUUAGAUUCUACUCAAAUGUUAACCAUGUUAAUGAAUAACACUAUGAACAAUUCUACAAUGAGUCAAUUGAAUCAAAUAUUUUCUAACUUUCUAUUGAAUAAUAGUGUUCAAGAUUCUAUUUCUUCUAAUACAACUAAUUCUAUAAAUACAGAUAAAAAGUUGAGUUGUAGUACAACUUCAAUGAGUCCAACUUUUGACCAACUUGUCAACUCUCCUCAAUUCUUUGAUAAUGGCUGUUCCACUCAUAUUUUUAUAAAAAAGGGAAACACAAAAAGAAAAAGUUCAACAUUUGAACAAAAUUGGUAUAGAUUAUUGAUACAACAUCAAUUUUCUCCAAAUACAACAAAUGGCCAGGAGGAAUCAAAGUUUACAAAUUCACACCACCAUACAAAAAUUGUACAUACAAACAAGUGUUUGAUUAGUACUGAUUGUUUCUAUUAUCUCUUAAUAGUUCUUCCAAGUAAACUUUAUUCCUUGGCAGAUUUAGAAUUUCAACUCGAAGAAGAUUGCUCAGAGGGAAAGAAAAAGAAGAAGAAAACAACCAAUUCUCCAACUUCUCCUCCCAUUGAAAUUAAAAUUCGAGGAAAGGAUAUCACCACCAGCACCAAGUUAAAACAUUCAAUUCAAUCCCCUAAUUGCUCAAGCUCUUCAAAUAGUGACAACAAUGUCAAUUCUAUUGCAGUUUUUGAAAUUAUGGUCAACAGAAAAAGAGCCAAAACAAAGGCAGAUUCAUCAUACAAUAUUCAUGUAAAUUGUAAACAGGAGAGGUUGUUGAAAAUGUCAAUAGAUUUAAACGAAAAUGGAAAAUCCAAUGAUCCUACAUUAUGUAAUGAUGAAGAAAUGUUAGAUCUUGCUCAACACUCAGAGGAAUUGCAUUCUCAAAAGAAGAGAAAAAAAGAAAGUCUUUUAUUUGGUAAUGACGAUGAACAAGAAUCCGAUUUACAAGAUGAUAGUGACACCACAAGAAAGAGGUCCAAGUCUAAUGUAACCAAAAGCAAUCAAGAAUCUGCUUUUGAUUUGUUAAAACAGUGGAUAAUUGUGACAGUAUUUCAUGAUUCACUCAAUGUAGAUCUGUCCAAAUUUCCAAACUUUGCUUUUCCAAAAGAACUUUCCCUCAAUGAAACCUUCCUAUUAUAUGUCGACGUUCCAACACAAUUAUCAGAAUACCAUGAUAUAUGCUUUAAAAUACUGGAUGCAGAAAGCAAACAAGAGCUCUCGUUUAAUGGAGAAAAGUGGAUUGAUACAAAUGUUGUGAAUUGUUGCAACUUUAAUAUUCAGGCAUCGUUAGUUUCUCUCCAUGUUGAGUAUAGUAUUUCCUUUAGAGAUAUUAAUCAUGAUAAACCAUUAGUGUUUGUAGUUGCCCUCAAAGACAAAAACACUGAGGAGGAAAGAAUCAUUUAUAAUGGUUCCCCAUUUAAAAUUCAAAAACAACUCGACUCUAUUGAUGAGCUUGGUAUUUCCACAAUACAGUGUUCUGGUUUUGAGACAUUGGUGAUUGAGCCAACGACAAUAUCAGAAAUAUUCGAUGAGAUUCCAAUUUUAAAUGGUGAUUCACUAUUUUCUGAGAUGGGUUCUCCCACAUUAUCAACUUUUGUUCCUCCUUCAGAAUCAGAUAUUAUGGACGAUUUUGAAAGGUUUCUUGAUAUGUAAUUUAGAAAUAGAGGUUUAACGUUGGUUUCUCAUCAAAUUUGAUUUGUAAAUAUUUGAGAUUGGAUUUCUUUUUUUGUAAAAAA